UCAGUCCGCCGCCAUGGCCACGACGGAACAGCAGCCGGAGCUCAGCACACACAAUGCCCCGGCGCUUGGCGUGCGACACUUGAUGUCGGCGCUGCUGUGUGUGACGCACGUGCUCGCCUUCAGCAUGCGAGGCGACAUGUCUGUGGGAGUCGUCGUCAUGGCCAACAACACUGGGGCCAACCCCAACAUCAAGGACUACGGAUGGACGCCAUCACAGACGAGCACCAUCCUGAGCUCGUUCUUCUGGGGCUACGUAGUGAUGCUGUCGCCCGCUGGAUGGCUGGCAGACAGGUUUGGCGCCAAGAACUUCCUGUCGGGCUCCCUGUUCUUCUCUGGAAUCGUGACCACCCUGACUGAGGUGGUGGCCGAUGCGGGCGGCAUCGUGUUCGUCUGCGCCUCCAGAGUCGUGCUGGGUUUGUGCCAGGGCUUCAUAUUUCCCUGUACACACUCGCUGCUGGCGAAGUGGAUACCACCCAAGGAAAAUGCUGUGCUGGGGACCAUCGUUUACUCAGGUGGCCAGAUGGGCACAGUGAUAGCGACUGUGGUGUCCGGAGUCCUGGCCCAGAGCGCUGCAGGCUGGCCCUCCAUCUUCUACACGUUUGGAGGGCUGUCCAUCAUCUGGGGGGUGCUCGUCUUCUUCUUCGGAGCAGACUCUCCCGCCAAACACAGAUACAUGUCCCCGCAGGAACUGUCCUACAUUGAAGAAUCAGUAAAAUGUGUCUCACAGGACGAGAAGAAAUUACCGACGCCAUGGGUCUCUAUUUUCACUUCCGUCCCUUUCAUCGCCCUCGGGUUAACCCACAUGGCGCAGAACUGGGGAUCCUACACACUGCUAACUGAGAUACCUACGUACUUCAGUAAUGUUCUGAAAUUUAACAUCACCGCAAAUGGAAUACUUUCUGCGCUACCAUACAUUGUAGCUUGGGCCGUUAGUCUUGUGGCUAGCUGGAUUGUAAACUUUGUGCAGAGGAGACAAAUGCUCAGCACUGGAGCUUUGAGGAAAGUGAUCAACACAUUUGGCCACUGGUGUCCGGCGGCGGCACUGCUGGCGCUCAGCGUCAUCAAGGUGGAGAACCCGGCGGCCUCGGUGGCGCUGCUGACCGUCGCUGUGGGCUGCAACGGCGUCACCAUCAUGGGCUUCCAGCUCAACCACAUCGACCUGGCGCGGAACUUCUCUGGGGUCAUGAUGGGCAUCACCACUGGCAUCGCCACACUCAUGUCUAUUGCUGCGCCGCUGUACGUGGGAGCCGUAGUCAAGGAGAAUACACUUGGAGAGUGGAGAAUCGUGUUCCUCACCGCAGCUGGGUUCUUCUUCGUAGGCAAUCUGAUUUUUAUCCUCUUUGCUAGCGGAGAAGUUCAACCCUGGAACGAUCCAAAUUACUCUAGAAAAAAGAAAACAGACUACGGAGCGACUUCUGUGAAGGAGGCAGCGUGAACCAGCUCAAGAAACUGCAGGAAGUUCAGUGACCAACCUGUCCCAGGAAGCGAACCACUGAUCUCAAGAACGAAGAAGCCCCGACGUAGUGUAUGGUUACCUUACAAGAGACGGGCUGCCGUCGUUCUCAAGCGUUUGGUUCGUUACACUGACUAGUCGUAUGUUAGUUAAGUCGUAUCGCAGUGCGAAGGAACGUAAACGUUUAUAUGACAAAACUAUUGCUGUGAUUCUUUCAACUCAGUUUAAUUUACGCCUGAAUCGCUACAAAACACUCGCGCAAACCGUAUCAAGACUGUAUGGACUGAGUGACGCAACUCACCUAAUCAGCAUAUGGCGGCGAAAAAGUAUUAUUUGUGUAAACUCAGAUGUAAGCAUCUCAACAUGUAUUAUUUUUAUGAAAAAUAUUAAAGCAAAAUAUUCUUAGAGAUACUAAGCUAUUUCUUCAUUUUGGGUUAAUUUAAGGAAAAAUGUUUUUAAAUUUUUGGUAAGGUCUUAUGGGGCCAAACUGCUGAGAUCA